UGCCCCUCCCGGUGUCCCUCCCGGUGCCCCUCCCGGCUCGCUGUUCCAAUGGGAUCGGCGGCGGCGGCCGAGCCCUCGGCGGGGCGGGGCGGGCCGGGAGCCGCCCCCGGCGGAGCCGCGGGACCCGCGGGCAGCGGAGCGGGAUGAACGGAGAAUUGCCCAGCUGAGCUCUCCCGAGCCAGGAGCUGCCUGUGGGGAGGCACCAAAUGGUCUCUGUGAGCUGCCAGGACCUGCUGCCCUCCCUGAGCAGCCCUGCCCUGCAGUGCAGGAUGCCACCGUCCCUCCUGCCAGGACACGGCGGUGACCCGGAGGGCUCUGGCCACGUCCUGGCGAGCAGCACCGGGGGUGCCAAGGGCGAGCCCCCCAAAGCCCAGCUCAGCGAGGCUCAGCUCAGGCUGCCCGACUUCUGCCUCUCCCAGAACUUCAUCCCCACGCUGGAGGAGAUCGAGGAGUUCCUCAGGGAGAAGGCAGAGCUCCCCAGGGAUGAAGCAGGAGAUCCUCACCCCGCGGGGUGGAAUGUGGAGAGCGAAGCUGAGCGCGGCUCCGGGACACACGGAGGAGGAGGAGGAGGAGGAGGAGGAGGAGGAGGAGGAGGACAGGUCCCAAACGCUGCGGGGACAGCUGCUGGUGACCCGGCAGUUCCCGUUAUCCUGCAGCUCCAGCCUCUCCCGACGGACAGUGUCACCCCUGGGGGUGUCAGGGUGGCCCAGCUGCUGAUCAGCCUGCAGACCCCAAACCCACCCCUCCUCCCUCAGCUCCAGCCCCCCGGCACCACCCUGGACCAAAAAUACGUCCGAAUCGCCCCUCUGCCGGUGGCCCCGGGGCCGGGGGAUGCUCAGGAGGCCGAGGCAGCCCCCGGGUGCCAGCAGGGUCCCCCAUCCCUGCUCCGCAUCCACCGCUGCUCCCACCCGGGCUGCGGGAAGGUUUAUUCCAAGAGCUCCCAUCUGAAGGCUCAUUUCCGCCGGCACACGGGGGAGAAACCCUACACCUGUGGCUGGCCCGACUGCGGCUGGAGGUUCUCCCGCUCGGAUGAGCUCUCCCGCCACAAGCGCUCCCACUCCGGCCUCAAGCCCUACCAGUGCACAGCCUGUGAGAAGAAAUUUGCCCGCAGUGACCACUUGGCCAAGCACCUGAAGAUCCCGGGCCAGCCCUGCAGCCCACGGACGCUUCCAGGGGGGAGCAGGAGUUAAUUCCUGCUGCUCAUCCCUGCCAGCGAGGCCGGGAGGUGCCAGAAGCUGAGGGAGGAGGGAGAAGUGAGCCCUGAACAAACCACAGGAGAUUUGGUUGUCCCUCCUUUCACCGGUGAUGAAAUUCCCGAGCUGUUUCUGGCGCUCUUUGAAAUACAAGUGAUGGAAAUC